AUGGCAGCGCAACCACGGAACAUCGGGUUCAUUGGGCUCGGCAUCAUGGGCCUCCCCAUGGCCAUCAACCUGGCCAAGAAGCUGCCCGCAAAGUCGCGGCUGUAUGCGUACGACAUCUCUGCCGAUGCGUUGGCGAAGCUGCUCGAGACGGAGAGCGAUACGGAUGUGCAGAUCUGCAAGUCGUCGCGGGAGGUGGCCUCCAACUCCGACGUGACCUUCACCAUGGUCCCCGAGGGCUCCCAUGUCCGAGCCGUGUACCUGUCCCCUGACGAUGGCAUCCUCGCCAGCAGCGAUCUCAGCUCCAAGAUCCUCAUCGACUGCUCGACGAUCGACACGGCCACCUCCAGCCUCGUCCGCAGCUCGCUCGCGACCCAGCACCCCACGGCGCGAUUCUACGACGCGCCCGUGUCGGGGGGCUCGCUCGGCGCCGCCGACGGCAGCCUGACGCUCAUGCUGGGCGCCGCCGCCGACGACCCCAACGGGCCCCUCCUGCGCGAGCUCCUCGGCCUGCUGGGCCGGUCGGUCUUCGCGUGCGGGGGCCCCUCGAUGGGUCUCACGGCCAAGCUGUGCAACAACUACUGCUCGGGCCUGAUCGCCAUCGCGACGGCCGAGGCCUUCAAUAUUGGGAUCCGCGCCGGGAUGGACCCGCGCGUGCUGGCCCAGAUCUUCGCCACGAGUACGGCUCAAAGUACCAUCUGCGACAAGUGGAAUCCCGUGCCGGGCGUCUGUCCGGCUGCCCCGGCUAGCAAGGACUACGCCGGGGGCUUCAAGGUGCAGCUGAUGAAGAAGGACUUUGGCCUGGCGGUCGCGGCGGCGGAGCAUGUGGGGGCCAGGUUACAGCUGGGAGAGGCGGGACUGCAGACCUACGCUGCUGCGAGCGAGGAUCCCAACUGUAGGGAUCGGGACUCGCGGGUUGUCUUUCGGUACAUAGGCGGGGACGAGGACUGGGCCACAAAGAUCCAGGGGAACCCGAGCAGCUAG